CGGCGUCGGUUCCCGGGCCGGGGCGGGGCUGAGGCGGGGCCCAACAACCAACUCCAGGGAUCGCAGGGCUGGGACCCCGCAGCCAGCUUUCGCCAUGAAGCGGCCCAGGGCGCCCAGUGGCUCCGACGGCGAGUCUGAUGGACCCAUCGACGUGGGUCAGGAGAACGAUCUUAGCCAGAUGGCCAGGCCGCUGACCACCCCCAGCCCUUCGCAGAUGCAAGCCCGGAAGAAGCGCAGAGGGAUCAUAGAGAAACGGCGCCGAGACCGCAUCAACAGCAGCCUUUCCGAAUUGCGACGGUUGGUCCCCACUGCCUUUGAGAAGCAGGGCUCGUCCAAGCUGGAGAAAGCUGAGGUCUUGCAGAUGACGGUGGAUCACCUGAAGAUGCUCCAUGCCUCUGGUGGCACAGGGUUCUUUGAUGCCCGAGCCCUGGCUGUUGACUUCCGGAGCAUUGGUUUCCGGGAAUGCCUCACUGAGGUCAUAAGAUACCUGGGAGUCCUGGAAGGACCCAGCAGCCAUGCAGACCCUGUCCGGAUUCGCCUCCUCUCCCACCUCAACAGCUAUGCAGCAGAGAUGGAACCCUCACCCACAACCACCGGUGCCCUGGCCUUUCCCGUGUGGCCCUGGUCCUUCCUCCAUAGCUGUCCAGGCUUGCCUUCCCUGAGCAGUCAGCUCGCCAUCCUGGGAAGAGUCCCUGGCCCUAUCCUCCCCAAUGUCUCUUCUCCCCCUUACCCUAUCUCAGCCCUAAGGUCCGCACCAAUGCACAGAGCUGCUGGCACCAUCCCCCCAGCCCGGCGGAAUUUGUUGCCCGGCCGAGGGGCGACUCCCACCCAGAGAGCCCAUCCUCCUGAGAGGCCAGCUGCCCCUCCACCCACAGCCCUCGGUGGCAGGGCUGCCAGGAGCAUAGUCCCCACCCUGCCGUGUUCCUCCCCAACAGCCCCUGGAGCUGGGAAGUCUGAUGACAGUGUGUCUGGUUCCAUCUCCAGUCCAUCUCCUUCGGGGCCAACCGGGAGGCCUGCUGGAGCAGUGUUCUACCACUCCUGGGUCUCGGAAAUCACUGAAAUUGGGGCUUUCUGAGCUGACUCCCCACAACCAUCCCCUGGGAAUGAGGAAGGUUUUAUUUUUUUCCCCUCUCCCUGAAGCUCUAAAAAUGGUGCCAUCUUUUCUGUUUUGUUUUCUCAUAUGGCUUCUAUGCAAAGGCACCUCUCCCCCCCCCAUCAGAGCCUCCCCCCACCUCCCUCACCACCGACCCUGAUAGCCACCUGGCGCCCCCGCAGCCAUUUGAGAGCUCAGUCUCAUUCCCCACUGGCACAGAUGAGUUAUGUGGUGCCUUGUGAGUCCCUAGGUACUGUGGACCCAGUACACACGUGGACCUGGGGUCUGGGGUGAAGCUUGAACUUCAGUGAUUCCAAGGCCAGAGCUGUGAGGAGGUGAGGCACGCCGCCCCCUUAGUCAGGACAACUGGUGGGAUUCAGCCAUCCCAAGCCAACCGGAUGGAACAUACUGUCUGCACCACUCCCUGAAGACAGAAACGAAGUGGGGGCUACUGAGAAGUCUCUGUGGCUCACCCCAUAACAGCGAAACACAGAACAGAUCUGUUCUCCAGUCCAUCUGAGACCUCGCCACCAUCACCCCAACUUCAGCCAUCCAGAUCACCACCCAGUGACUUGACAAUGCAGGCCAGGAGGAUUCUCCACAGCCUCACAGCUCUGUGGCAGGGUAUCCUUACUACCAGCUUCCACAGUGCUUCAGACAGGAGCCAGGGCCGGGAAGGCUACAGGAGGCCCAGCUCCCUGUCUCUCAGGCACCAUCCUCCAGGACUAUGGCCCUUCCACAGGGUCCCCAGUGUGGAGGACCAGAGGCCCCGAUGGUAGCACCCCCCACCAAGAGGCAUUCUCUUGGGAUUCAGCACCAGACAUCUGAGCUGCCUGGCUUACAUCCGGAUCCCAGAGCCCAGACUGCUGCCACAGCCAAGGGCUGUCAGGCUGGAUAAAAAUAACUUGGGGGAGGGGGAGAACCAUCCGAGGCGGCUCUUCAAGGUCAUGGAGUGGGUUGAGGGCCUGAGAGCCUGCUCGCCCAGAUUUCACACAGCUGGCUCUGCUCAGAGGCCAGCUCACUCCUCAGCUCUGCCUCAGGCCACUGGCUUCUAACAGAAUAAACGGCCAGUGGAACAACAGAGACCGAACCAACGUUUAGGGUUGUCCUGUCAGCGGACAAAGUGUAGAAACAUUUCUAUCCUCUUUGGUGAAUACCUGCUCCCCGCAGUGCCCCCCAGGACCACCCAGCCUGCCCUCUGGAAGCACUCUGGUCAAUCCCUGGCAAAGCCAAGACGGUGGGAACCUAGAACUGGUUACUCACUACUGCUGAGGACCACCCAGCCUGCCCUCUAGAAGCACUCUGGUCAAUCCCUGGCAAAGCCAAGACGGUGGGAACCUAGAACUGGUUACUCACUACUGCUGAGACCAUACUGAUCAUGAAAUACCUUUAAGGUCACCCUGGAAAGGUCCCUCCCCCCAUCCCCAACAACCCCUCAAAAACAAAAACAAAACAAAAAUUCGUCCCCAGACUUUGAUGGACCCAUGGUCCCUCAAGGCUGGUGUAGGGAGCCUGUGGGCACAAGUUUAGAGUUUGCAAAAGCCAUGGAGCAAGAGUCAUUGCAGAAAAGCGGGACAGAGGGCAGAGGUCACCUGAGUGACCCAGAAAGUGCUUGCGAAUAGGUCAAGAGGAGAUAAAGGCUCCCUUUACUCCCUAAUGAAGAAUAGGUCAAGAGGAGAUAAAGACUCCCUUUACUCCCUAAUGAAAGCAAGCUCUUUUGAUUAUCACUGCCAUAUUGACCUAUCUGAGGGCAUCACUGUGGUGUGCACCACCAGCCUACUUGAGAGAGACAGAUACCGGACGCUCCCGCAGGCUCCUACAAGUCGGGGAGAGGAGGUGGUAGAAGUCCCCAGAUAUCCGGGUCUCCCCGCAGGCCUGUAGUUUGACAACCUCCUAGCCAGAGAUUCCAUGUCCGCUCACAGCGUUGCUGUGGGAAACAUUUCCCUGUUGCAGGUACUCAAACCAUAGAACAGUCUCGACACCAUGGAGAUAAUGGCAGAAGUGGCUGAACUCGAGCAUCCAUCCUUGGGUUCGUCCUCCCAGGAGACUGGGCGGGCCACCCCGCCCCCACCCAGCUGAGAACUCAAGUCCCCUGUUUCUAGUCCCAGGUGGGAAUUUCUGGUGGCCCAACAGCCUCAUCCCACUGCAGGGUGUCGCAGACAAGCAAUAAAGGUGUUUAGUUCUGGACACUUCCA